AUGUCUAUCUUGAAAAUUUCUUUCAUAUUUUCCAUAUUUCUCUUACUUUUUCACUCAACAGAAAGCACAAUUCAAAAUAAUUGCGUAAGGAAAUAUUGUGGAAACCCUGAGUUAGGUCUUCUUUUUGAGUUCCCUUUCAUCUUGAGAGAACCGUAUCAAAAUAUCAAUAAUCAAAGUGAUCGAUGUGGAUAUCCAGGGUUUGACGUUUUUUGCCACCAUUAUAAAGAAGCUGUGCUUAAACUCUCAAAUGAUAGAAAUUUUGUAGUCAAAAGUAUUUCUCUUGAGAGACAAAGAAUUUGGGUGAACGGUCCCAAUGAUUGUCCACCACAAAGAUUCAUUGAAAACAUAAACAUCAACGAUGAUUCACCUUUUGCAUGGGACAACACUUUUCAUAGUCAUUAUGAAAAUGUGACAUUUCUCAACUGUAGUACCAAUUCUGGAAAGGAACCAAAUCCAGUGAUUGAUGAACUUCCAAUUAUACCUUGUAUGGGCAAUGCGAAUUAUUCGAUUAUGUAUACGUUGCAACCAUCACUGGUUAAUUCUUUGAAUUUGUCGUGUCGUGAGAUUGGAUUUGCUAGGGUUCCAGUCAAAGAUAAUUCACAGCAAGCAUUGGUAAUCAUGGAUGGACUUUACUCUGAUGCAAUGUUGCGAUGGAGUACACCUUCAUGUGGUUGUGAACCUGAUCAAUCCUGUGGCUUUAUAACGGAUACGAGUCUUGAUGUUACUUGUUACAAGCACAACUACAUUUUUGAUUUCCCAGUUGGAAAUCCUUCGACUCAAAAGCAUAAAAAGUUUAACUUUUUUCCAAUACUUUGGGGAAUAUUAGGAGUUUUGUUCUUCAUGUGGGUCUCUUUAAUCAUAUAUAGAGAUAGACAGCAAGCCCAUAUUCCACAAAGACAAACUAUUACAAACAUGGAACCAAUUAAUCGAGAACCACCUUGGUUUAUGUUUGGACUUGAUAGAUCAAGAAUAGAACAAUAUCCAAAGAUUCAACUAUCUGAAAGUGGACAAUUACCUAGGUCAAUUGACAAUGUUUGUUCUAUAUGUCUUAGUGAGUAUAAGCCUACGGAGACAUUAAGGAGUAUACCUCAAUGUAAUCAUCAUUUUCAUGUUGAUUGUAUAGAUGUUUGGCUCAAGAUGAAUGCUACAUGUCCUUUAUGUCGAAACCUGCCAGGGUUAUGA